AUGUUAGAUCGUCGGAGCACGAUUUCGCUUGGCAGACCAGGGUCCAAGGCCACAGGUUCAAAGAUCUCACGACACAAGAAAUCUGCCUCUAGCUAUGCUGCUGGUAGUGCUUUACGAGGUUCCGUGGGCAAUUUACCGUUUCUGUUGCAGCGGCUCGAUUUUCAGAAGUCGCAGGACAAAGCAAAUCAUCGAGACAGUUCGGAUGGUCAACAGCGUCUACAAGAGGAGUUCAACAAGCUGCAAAAUGGGCACCAAACCACCUGCGAGGAGGACGAAGCCGACGAUGACAUUGAUUGGGAUUUCUGGGGUAAUGUCAUAGCAGACUAUCGGCAGUUCGCUACGGAUCACCCGGAGAAGCUUGCGAAGGCAAUCGAACAAGGUGUUCCGAAAUCACUCCGAGGGAUGGUUUGGCAGCUCAUGUCGGCAUCCAAGGAUGCAGAGCUUGAGGCGACCUACCUUCGGCUCCUCAAGGAGACCAGUCCCCAUGAGAAGGCCAUCCUACGGGAUCUAGGAAGGACGUUCCCUCAUCAUGACUACUUUACUGAUGGACAUGGUAUCGGACAAGAGAACCUGUUCAAUGUGUUGAAAGCGUACUCUCUGUAUGACCCAGAAGUAGGGUACUGUCAAGGACUACCUUUCGUUGUUGCUAUCUUGUUACUCAAUAUGCCGGACGAAGAAGCGUUUUGUUUACUUGUCCGACUGAUGCACUCAUACGGCCUACGAAGCCACUUCCUGCCCGAAAUGCCUGGCCUUCAAUUACGGAUGUACCAAUUUGACCGCCUUGUGGAGGAGCUACUCCCCGUUUUGCAUGUACAUUUUCUACGACAAGGGAUCAAAUCGAGCAUGUACUGCUCCCAGUGGUUCUUGACACUCUUCAGUUAUCGUUUCCCUCUGGAGAUUGUCUUUCGAAUAUAUGACAACAUUCUUGCUUCUGGGAUCGAAGCCGUGUUUGGAUUCAGCGUCGUCCUUCUACAGAAGAGCGAGGAGGCCCUAUUAAAGCUGAAAUUCGAUGAAAUUCUAACAUUCUUAAAGAAUCGCCUGUUUGAAUUUUACAAUGCAAACGCACCUUCAUCCGGUGGCGCUGACACUUCAACCACCAGCAGCUUGAACGACGGUGGUUCAUCAAGUUAUCUUGUGGACAAGUUUGUCAUGGAUGCGUUGCAACUGAAAAUUACGCCGUUCAUGCUUGAUGCGUAUGCUCAUGAAUAUGAUGAGACCGUUCGUACGCGUGAGGCGCAUAUGAUCGAGAUGGAUACCAUUAGAAAUGCGAAUAGACAGCUCACAGCGCAAGUGAAGACGCUGGAAACGUCGUUGGCACAGCUCAAUACGGAGCAUUGUGACCUGGUGAAGGAACUUGUGAUGAUGAGAAUAAGAAGCGAAGAGAUGGAGAACGAGCUCGUCCGAUAUAAACUUCUGUAUGCGGAGGCUAUGCACCAGAACGAGGAUGCAAUGUCUUCACACCGUCUUUCGACGUUCUCCGCACCAAAAUGA